AUGAGCCAUGAAUUUUUCGAUAAUCGACCGAAACUCUGUAAGGCUACGGUAUCGUAUCACAGUGAGCAGCAGUUUCAAGAUCGAUUGUCCUACAUAGACAAGCGGUAUGAUCAUCUACGAAAACUUACACAAACGCUUAAGAAAAAGAUCAAUGAGUUAGAGGAUAUCAUGCGACAAGACAACGAUGACGAAAAUAUGGAACAAAUCCGACAACUCAUCGACGAGAUAAAACGAGAAAAACAAAUGAUGCGCGAUGAGGCGCAUAUUAUUCGAGGCGAACUCUCGCAGGCAAUGUAUAAUGAGGAUCUCAGAUCGCAUUUACUGAACUUCAUUGCUGAAUUUGAGGAUGCUUGGCACGACACGCCAGAGAAACGUUUAACUGGUGAACAUCGUCGGGAACAGGAGGAAAUCGAACGACAUGAACGUCGUCAGAGUACAAGUCAAGGAGAGGAUGAUAUCUACACCCCAUCAUCCAGCGACGAUCAACAGUACAGGGAAACGAGUUUCUAA